AUGCUGCAUCCACCCCCACCCACAUACAGGUUCAAGCAGAAGUUGGAGCAGAAGGCUCUGAAGCAAGCUAAGCAGAAGAAAUCUAAGUCGGCUGAAUUUCUGAUGGCCAAAGAGCAGGAGGAAGAGGAGGGGGGGGUGAUGAAGGGCAUUGUAAAUCCUGGGUUCCUGAGUGGCGAGGAGGAGGACGAGCAGAGCUGUGGCAGACAGAGGGAUGGGGAGAGAGAGAUAGGAGGUGACGGGCAGGAUAGCACUCUUGCCGCUCACCAACAGCAAAAGAACCUGGAAGCCCUUGCCAGCACAAGAGGAAAUGAAGGUGCUCGAAAUUACUUUGACCCCUGGGCGACAGUGGAGGGUGACCUGAGGCAGCGCGGGAUGUUCAGGGUUGGAGCGGGAGAUGAGCUAGAAUUAAAAUUCAUGCAUGAGGAUGAACGGGGUCUGUAUGAGAAACUGUCUCAGAUACUGAAUGAAGAUGAAGUUUCAACUGUCAUAGAUUUACCUGGUAGUUUUAUGGAAGCAAGACCCGUGGCUGUGGCUCACAGAGUCCCGCAGGCUGGAUGGAGAGAUCAUUUGAGGGAGAAGUUGGAGGAGAAGAGAGAAGAGGUUAUACCCCACUAUGUGGAGCAACUGAGAGAACAUGUACAGGAUGACAUGAUCCCAGUGGGCAGGACUUCUCUGGAGCAGGAUGAAUGCACGGCGGAGGAGAAGGAGUGGGCGAGAAAACGGAGAGUGAUGGCUGUCUUAAGGGGGAAUACAAAGGAGUCAUUUUCCAUUCGAGACAUGAAACAAGAGGAAGCUGCUCUGCAGGAUCGGCUUUAUGCGGCUUUUCAGCGUUCAGAGAGACGUUUGCUGAAUUCACUGCGUCAGCGUCAGGCUGAAGUCAUUGCCCAGUAUGGAGAAAUCACUGAAAUCACUGAGCCAUUGGGCAUCGGAUCUGACCUCCCCUGGCAGGUGGAGUGGACACGAACCCCACAGCCCACGGAGGUGCGUGUGGUGUGUUUACGGGCAGUGAGGGAGAAGCUCAGCAGGGGGCUGUACAGUGUGUGUGUGUCCCUUCAGAGUGGGCUGGGUGGCCCUGCGCUGCGCUGGUCCUGCCUGAAGGAGCAGCAGUGGACGAGUGUCACAGAGCCGGUGGAGCAUCAGGGCAGAAUCUGCGAUAUGGAGCUACUCAUUAACCAGAACCUCCAUGUGGUCUUGCCUGCAUCAUGUGACCUCUUGCCCUCCAGUGUGCUGAUGUUCAGGCUUCUGAGCAUGCCCAGUAAGCAAUGUGCUGUGACUGCAGUGGUGGCCUGGGGGGUAUUCCCAGUGUGUGACUGCUCUCUAACCCUUAUCCAAGGUAGAUUUCGCACUCCACUGCUUCGGGGUUGUCCCAACUCAGCGAUAGACCAGUUCAGUAAAAUAGAGCGGCUGCUCUCUGCUGACUUGGACAACUGGCUCUGCAACCUUUACUUCCAGGUGAGGAAACUCCAGCAAAGGGAUCGAGUAGUUCCGGAGUGCAAUGCCUAUGAAGGCAAAAAUGAAGAGCCUCCUCCCGAUAUAUCUACCUCUACCUGCUCCUCUCUAGCAGGUAAGAGUCCUGUUGGAAUUCUCCCCGUCUUAGAGCCGGCAUCAGAGAAAACUAAACCUGGAACACAAAGCAAGGGUGGCAAACAGAACCAGCCAUUCAACAAGAUAACCAGCCAAAGUUGCUGUGAGGGAGAGAGAGAGGUACGGACGAGUAUCAUCACAGAAGAACUUCAACACUUCUCCUUCUCCUUACAAUCUCAGCGAGCUGCUCUACUCUAUAGUAUUGUUUGCUGUGGUCCAGCAGAGCGGUUGCGCAUUGUAUGGCGUAUGCUUCCUGCAGAGCUUGGACUAUCUGGAAUCCCUCGGCCCAGUUUCAGCCAGCUCACACUCCUCCUCGCUCUCAUCUUCUUCACUUGGUUUCCUCGCCUUUACCUGCACUACUGCAGCCAGUGGCUCUACCUCCAUGUUCGAAACGUUCCUGUCAACAGGUUUAGCUUCCAUGCCCACACGGUGGAUUUGGUAUAUCAGAGCUCUCUCCUGCGCACCCUGGAGGAGCUGCUGCUGGUGUUGUUGGGGCCCUUGACCUUGAAUGCAGCUAUGUUUCUGCUGCUUCUGAUCAGAUGGCUCUGUCAGCUAGUGUUUGGCUCAACUCCUUCCUUCCUGUCAAAGCUGAUCAUGGCUCUGGGAGUGUGGACAGUGCUUGACCCUCUGGCUGUCUUCACUGUAGACGCUGUCCUUGGGCGUCUGUCUUACAGUGCAGAAAAGCCAGUGGCUGAUGCCGCUAAGCUUUACUGGCAUUUCCAUCGUUUGGAGCAGUCAGGCACAGCCGGAAUUCUCAUCACCCUUUUCCUGUAUAUCGUCCUCUUUAUUCUCUCCUUCACCAUGCUCUACAUGUACUUCCUCAGGUUCCAUAAUGACGGCAGAAUUCUGGAUGUGUACCUUCGUCUCCACAGUCCAGAGAGAGCUUUUUUUAUCCCAGAUGAUUUUGAAGUUUCCAAUCAGGAGCUUAGUUACAUUGUAAAAAAGGCGGAGGAAUGGAGAGGUUUCAACGGCGAGAGACGUAAGGUGGCAGUCUAUGAUUACAUCUGGUCUCAGGAGGUGUCUGGAGGGUGCGAAUCCCCUGGGGCUGUAGUCACUGAAGUGGGUGAGACGAGCAGCCAUGUGUCCAUCUAUACGCUGUACCUGAGCGGCCUGCGUCAACGCUACAGACACUUCCUCAGGCAGCCCAGUGGAGCCAUCGUUGAGCUCAUCGGGGAUUUGGAUGGUGCAGCUGCUCAUCAGAAUGUCCAGUAUCAGAAGACAGGGCAGAGAGACAUUGAUAGGAGGAUGAAGAAUUCAACAAAUGUACUCAGAGAGAGGAAGAGUAAGAAUCCUGCAUGGCGCUGUAACAGGGUGGGACCUCUCACUGGGAGUGCCUGUGAGGAUCACUGAGGCUGAAGUGAGGCUGCUUUACCAGAGUUAAAACCAAAUCAGAAAAGUCCUACAUGUGAACAGUGUGAAACUCUCAAACACAAAGUCAGGUCACACAACAAUAUCUUUAGCAGCUUUAUUUCAAGGCUUACAAUGAUGUAUUUGGCCUUAUUUAUCAGGUUGUGUAGAAGCACACAGAUAGUUUCACACCAUAAAACACGCACAGAUUUGAGUGCUGUUUAUGAAUUAGAUUUAGAUGUGCGUAAACAAGCUCCUGCCCAAAAAUAUAAGACAAGCCCCAACAUAACCUUAUAUAAAAUAUUAUAAUUUGCAUAGAACUUACCUUACCUUAUGCAGUUUUUUUUAUGUCUGUGAGAGCUAAUAAAAGUAAAGCAUAUAGCAGACUAGAGUUAUAGAAGAACAAAAAAUAUAUAAUAUAAAAAUACAUCAGCUAAGGAUAGAGUUAAAUUUAAUUCAUUCUUUAUGUAUUCAUAUUGGUGAGCCUAGUUUCCAUCCUGAAGAAAUAAUAAAAUUCACACAUUCUGACCAGGAGUGAGAUACACCACAGAUAAAAACACAUACUGUAUACACACACACACACACACGAGUGUGUGUGUGUGUGUGUGUAGUUUAUGCACUUCUACGCCUUUCUACUUUAUUUCUCAUUGAGUUUCUUUGUAACUGAAAAUCCUAUAUACACCAUAAAGCUGAACCUGCAUAUACUGUCUGAUGUAGACAUUAUAAUCGUUGUAAAGAAAAAAGCAUUCCAUUAUGAAAUAAAGGCAGGUUGUUACAUCCUCAAUGCUGCUUCCACAUUGUGAGAAAUUAGGAUCCUAAAAGUCACUUAUCAGCAGCCAGUGAUAAAAUAUCAAUAUCGGGAACCCAUUAGGCAGGAUAAUAUUCCAGCUGCCUUGAUUUGUAUUGAGUAUGUGUCUGCUGGCUGCGGCUUUGAUGAAAUGAACUGGCCCACAAAUCAGGCCUUAAUGGGAGCCUACUUAUACAUACAGCUUAAUUAAAGGUUGUGGGCUUAUUAACAUGUGUCUGAGAGAUGGAGACCUGCUCUUGCACUGAGCCAGGUUGUAAAGGUUUUAUAGAUAACCUAUCAUUAUUAAAGCCCAUCGCUUAAUAUUGGAUCUUAAUAACCUGUCAUUUUGAUGAUGAUUCUGAUGAUGAUUCUCUUUAUGGCAAGUCAUUAUGGCUAAAAGUUGCAGCUGGUUUGGAGUGUGUGUGUGUGUGUAUGUGUGUGUGAGUGUGUGUGUGUGGAACAGGUAUGAAGUGAUAAGGAACUGUAGACCCCUCUGCAGUCAUUACAUUCUUAUGGCCACUGCAGCUUUUAGCUUCUGUGCUAAUGUACAGAGGAUUAGACGAGAUUCUUAACACUUCACCUGUUUUCCUUCCAUUCUAUCAAAUCAUUGAAUAAUUACUUCAUAUUCAUGUCUGAUAUUCAUAUUCAUAUCAGAGUAGUUAAAAAGGUUGGGUCACUGCACUCUCAUCUCCACUCUGCUGUUGCAGUAAGACUGAUAUAUAAUACAUACCUGUAUAGAUUUUGGGGCUUGAUUUGAUAAAGGAAGUCAGAGAUGACCAUCACUGUGUCUAUAAGAAUUUCUAGGGGUGCCAAUAAUUGUGACACAAAGGCUAAGUUAGAUCAUUUUCAUCCGUAUCUGAUUUUCAACCUCAACAUUAUGAGCUAUAUCUAUUUUUUUCUUGUACAUUGUUUUUGAGACAUCCGUGUUAUACUUCAUGGUUAAUGCUGUUUUUCUUUCUAUCUGCAUAUUUUGAGAGGCCAAAGAAAAUCUCCUGUGUUAUGAUUGAUUUUCUGUCCUUUGUCAUUCACCCUUAGACACAAUGGACACAUACACACAUACUCAGAGAGAAAUAGUAAGAAGAAUCUUACUUUUUUGACCAACAAUUAUUAAAUAUUAUUAUUGUUAUUCAUGGUUAUAGAACCAACACUGACUAGAUAUUAUUUGUGUGGUGGAUAUUUUUUCAUAGACACGGUAAUAAACAUGUUGUACAUGUACAAUAACAUUGUAUAACAUUUUAAAACACCUCAGAGCCACACACACUACGAUGUCAUGUCAGUGUCACUGCUUUUUUGACAGUGUUACAAGUUACUUUCUUCUUCUCAGUCUUUUAUUGCUUCUUCUCCAGGUCUGUCUGCUUCUUUGCUGUUGGCAACGAAAGCUCUGCCUCGUUUCCGCACCUUUGUGCAAGCUUUUGCUUCGAGAGCAGUUGCUUUCUCUUCUAGGACUGGAGUGUUCCACUGGUUCAAAUAUUUGAUUGCUAAUGACAAACACCAUUUCACAGCGAUUUAAAUUUCAAAUUGAUUUCUUCAAGCAGGACCCCUGGGUACUCAUGUUCCACAGCUGCUGAUUUCAGUUAAAAGAAAAGCCUUUCUUCUGAGCCAUAAUGUACAAACUGUGAUUUUUAAAAAGUACAUACUUGCAUGCACAUCAUCCAACCCCAGAAAUGCGGCUAGUUAGAGGGCAAAAGAGUGAAAGAAAAAUGGAUCUCUAAAUUCCUUCUGCAUGUAGUUCUCUGUUUGUGGCUUCCCUGCUUAUUUUAUGUGUGUGUGUGUGUGUGUGUAGCUUAUAUGAAAAGGUGAACUGAAGGUUGUGAGAAUGAUUGGGAACACAUAGUUACCUCUUACAAAUUCAGAAGCUCUUUUCUCUGUCUUUCUCUGGAAUCUUGUGUACUAUCUACAGUCAAAUCAUAUGAGGAAACAUCUCCCUCCCAACAGGAGUGGUCUCUUCCAAUAUGACUCCACCCCAUCCACAGCUCAGUAAAUGGCUUGGAGUAUAAAAUAUUGUAAAUCAUAUGCUAUGGCGUUCACAUCUCAGCCCAACUCAUCACCAGUGAAGGAUUUUGUCCUACAGUGCAUCAUAAUCAAAACAUCAACUGAGAGAAUUUUUUUUUUUUUUUUGGGAGAAUGAUGUUCCUCCCUCAAGUACAGCUCCAGAGACUAAUAUUUAUAAAGCGGUGGUGAGUCCAGAUCUUUAAAGGACUUCUGGAAGCAUCAAACUGAAAUGGAGUCUGAUAAUACAUGUGUAAUUACACAUCCUGUCAAAAUUAAAAACACACACUUAUAUCUAUAUGAAAUAUGAAACCUACAUCAU